AGAAAUGACAGUCCAAGGGUGAGGUUCACUUUAAUCACUCCUAUUCCAGCUAUAUUGAAGACAAUCUUCUGAACUCGUCCCUCCUGCAUCUUCAACCGAAGAUAUCAUAGCUCCGGUAGACCAAUUGAUAGACGAAAGCGACGCAUCACGAUACAGUGAGCGAAUGUCGCCACGAUAUCCAUUACCGAGUUCCUCCCACUGCGGAUGAAUCUGUGCAAAUCCUGACACAAUGACAUAUUUAAUGAUACACAGAAACUGGCACAGAUGGGCCUACACUUUCCACACCCCCUAGUUGGAUUGUAGAUUCGCUAUGAAUAGCCUCCCUGCAGAUACCAGCGCUUUGAUGUCAGCAAUACUGGAGGGCAUUCUCUAUGGCUUUUCAGUCCUCAUGUUUAUCGGCACUAUCUGGGCCUUGACCUACAAACGUCGGAUGCGGGAUGUCAAUCGCCCAGUCGCUGUGGUGGUCCUCCUGCUAUUGUUAGUGAGCACUGCGCACAUGGUCAUGACUAUCAUUCAUAUCGAAAAUGGACUGGUGAAGUAUCGCGAUACGUGGCUAGGCGGGCCACCGGCGUACUUCGCAGAUAUUGCGGAAGAGACAUAUGUGAUCAAACACGCGUUAUACAUUUCCCAGACUGUACUUGCUGAUGGCGUGAUGAUUCAUCGCUGUUAUGUUCUUUGGCGAUCCGUCCGGGUGAUCAUCCUACCAAGUUUGCUAUGGUGUGCCAUCAUAGUGACUGGCAUUCGCGCAGUCUACGUGAAUUCGCAAGCCACUUCCAAUCCCGGAGAUGUCUUCGCCGUCGAAGAUGCAAAGUGGAUCAUAUCAUUCAUUGCAUCGACUCUUACAAGUAAUUUGUUAUGUUCAGGACUACUGAUAUAUCGUAUCUGGAAAUCUGAACGUCGCGUAUCUAAAAUACGUGUUUCGAAGAGCACUAUGAUGCCAAUUGUGCGCAUCCUUAUGGAUGCUGCUGUUUUGUACUCUGUGAUGCUAUUCGGCCUUUUGAUUUGUUUCCUCGUCGAGAACAACGGACAAUCUGUUAUAACGGAUAUAGCCGUACCUAUCAUAUCGAUCACCUUCUACAUGACUUCUUCAUCGCACAACGAAGACGGGACAUGUGGCGAGAGUGUAACUAUCAACUGCGGUUCCGGCCCUCUCGGUACAUUGGAAAAGGGCGAUGAGGAGUCAGAGGGUGAGAGAGUGGAUCGUGGCGCAGACGGGAAUACCGACGAAAAGGAGGACCCUGGCGCAGACUGUGACGCAGAUGCAGACCCUAACCCAGAAGACCUCAUCUCCCCUCGUCCAAGCGGACCCACCUGCCACACAUGCGGAGCAGGAAGACUCGUGACGUGUUCAUGUCGCUCAAUUUCGCGGACGACGCGCCAAAAGGACUCCAUUUUGGAUUCUGGCGUGUUUGUGCCUCUUGAACUUAUACCCAUGCCUUUCGUGCCCAUACCACCCACGCUGCCAGCACUCAUUGUGAACGAUGCUGCAGGUGCAGUCUGCAAUAAUACACACCCAAGACUACACACGCUGCGUAUGCGACGUGCGUGGUGA